CCGCAGCAGCUGUCCAAGAACCAGGUGUUUCGCCCGGUGGGUUCGGCGUUGGCGACCGCAGCGUAUGUCGGGUUGACCUGAAGUCCUUGUGAGCGCGGCGGCGGGAAUUCCUCUUCGUCUGAUGUUGAAGAGCGCCUUGGGGAACUUGCUUGAGUGGAAGCAACUUGUGGGUCUGCUGCUCGGUAAACGCGAGGGCGGUUGCAGUUGACUUUGGAGUGUCCGGAAGUCUGGCAGUUGUGGCAGAACGGCGGCACGAUGAUCCAUCUCCUGUUGUUCAGCGUGAAGCUCGGCGCAGAGGUGCAUCUCCGAGAUCCUUCCGUGGGCGCGAAGAAGCGAUCGUGUGGUUCUCCAUUCUGGUCCGAGCCCGGCGAGGACAAGUGUGACGAAGCUUUCUUCAGUGAUCGUUCCUCCGCACCGAAGCAGGCGGUCGCGCAGGGUCUGGCAGCGACUCAUAUACUGCAUCGCCUUUUCCCCGGUCUUCAUCUGUAUUGUUGUCAGCUGUUGCAUGAGUCUGCUUUGUGUCACGCUGUCGUUUGCUUGGUAGAGGCAUUUGAGAUGAUGCCAUGCGAGUUCCGCGGAGUUUCCAUAACUCCGAUACGUUCUGAUGCUCUGCUGCUCUUGUGGUGACAGGUUCCGCAGGAGGACUGUAUACGCCAGUAGCGACUGAUACGUGAA